AUAAAACAGCUGGGAAGAAAAUCAAUCGUACCACGUACAAGCAACACGCAUUUUAUCUUAUGAAAUAGUCUUAAUUUAAUAAUAAGCCUGACUGCUUUUUUAAUUGAAAAUUAAACGGUACUUUGUUUGAAUAUAUUUAUUUAAAAACAUGCCAGUAGAUCAGAUACAGUAUUCAGAAAGGUACAACGAUGAUGUUUAUGAAUAUAGGCAUGUAAUUCUCCCACCGGACAUAGCCAGACUAGUACCAAAAUCCCACCUUAUGACAGAAACAGAAUGGAGAAACCUCGGGGUCCAGCAGAGUCCCGGGUGGUUACAUUUUAUGGUACAUAACCCAGAGCCACAUGUCCUUUUAUUCAGGCGACCUCGGACUGAUAUACCAACUCCCGUUAAUGGCUUAGAUGCAAGUACUUCUUCCACAGUUAGAGUCUGAUAUAGAGGAUAAUAACUUUAGUUAAUAGGCCACACAUUUAACUUAUUAUGAAACUCAUGGAAUAUGUUUAAAGAUAGUUUAUGGUAAUGUAAAUUUUCACAAAUUAAUAAUUUCUUAACGAGAAUAAGUAUUUGUAUGUAAGCAAUAAUACAAGACAGUCUAAUGUUAUCUUAUGAGAUGUAAUUGAAAAUGUAUACAAUGUGUUGUAUUUUGUGAUGUAACUAACAUAUUCAAUAUUGAAUUUGUAAGUAUGCGUUAAAAUGCAUCAAUUGUCCCUAAUAUUAAAACCUCAUUGAACAUUUAGGUGUUUUUUACUGCUCAUACAUUUGCUCACUCGAGUGCUUUGUUAAAGAAUUUUUUUAUUGAAAUGUUGUUGAAUAUCAUAACUUAAAAGUGAUAUUGAUAAAUGCUGUGUGUGAUAUUCUGAAGCGUACCUAAUAUCUAUAUGUAUGUUUAUAGGUGCUUAAAACAAAGUAAAAAGUGGCCUUAGACUGAUGUAUGUAACUUUAAAAUUAAUGCUAAGUGCACUCACAAUGUAUAAAAACAAAUUAUAUUUAAAAUGCAAUGGAUUUAUUUAAGAACAUUAUAAACGUGCUUAACAUAUUGUUAACCAAAUAAAAAUUAUUAUGUUUCUUUUA